AUGACUGUGAUCUGGGGUCUAGAUCUCAAUGAGAUCCAAUGGUCGAAAUUCAAGAGCUCGUGGAUGUUCACGCCGUCAUAUCAUCUGCGACGAACUAAGAUGAUUGUUUAUCAACUGGCCAUGAUCUGUUGCGUGUGUUCCGAGUCCACUGGAACGGCGGCCUUAUCAGACUACGUCGACCAACAAAGUGAUAUCCAAGGCAAACACCCCGGCAUCUACGUCUACAACAACGACUUUGUCGGCGCGGCCUCCUACAAUAUCUGGUGCGGAGUGGCGGUCGCUUUCAUCUUCGGUGGCGCCUUUUUCUUCGAUCUAUUCUGGCCCGAGAGACAUGAGAGCAGAGGCGUGCGGUUGGCAUGGAAGAUCUGUGCUGUCACUGUGUCGGUCAUGAUGCUGAGUUCAGCAUUGACGAUGACCGUACGUCAGCCUCGGUCCUACGCUUGUCCGUUACGAUGCUAA